AUGCAGCUCACAGAUGGGUGCCUUGGAGAGGUUCUGGGUGGAAAUGAGCUUAUUGACGGCCAAAUUGAUAUCAAGUUUAAAAAAAAUGUGGAACGGAGUACCAUCUGUGACCUGAAACUUGAUGCAGCAAUGGUCAAGCAAUUCAAGGAAGCCGUAGAGAAUUCUUAUUGGUUUGAGUUCUUUAUAGAUGAUUUGCCUCUCUGGGGUUUCGUUGGUGAAUACCACCCUGAUAGAAGCAAUGAUAACAUGCAUUUGCUUUAUACUAACAAGAAUAUUGUUAUCAAAUACAAUGGGGAUAAGAUUAUUCAUGUUAAUCUCACUCAAGAGAGCCCUAAACCCUUGGAAGAAGGAAGGUUGUUAGACAUGACAUAUUCUGUAAAAUGGAUUGAGACGAAUGUUACUUUUGCUCGUCGUUUUGAUGUUUACCUUGACUACCCCUUCUUUGAGCACCAGAUCCAUUGGUUCUCCAUUUUCAAUUCUUUUAUGAUGGUUAUCUUUCUUACUGGGCUGGUGUCCAUGAUUUUGAUGAGAACCCUUAGAAAUGACUAUGCCAAAUAUGCUCGGGAAGAUGAUGAUUUGGAGACUCUGGAAAGGGAUGUAAGUGAAGAAUCUGGUUGGAAACUUGUUCAUGGGGAUGUUUUCCGGCCUCCGCAGAACUUAGUUUUACUUUCAGCUGUUGUUGGUACUGGUGCUCAGCUAGCAAUGCUUGUUUUGCUGGUUGUCCUUUUUGCAAUCUUUGGCACACUGUACAUAGGGAGAGGUGCAAUUGUCACGACUUUUAUAGUAUGUUAUGCUCUUACCUCGUUCAUUUCAGGCUACGUGAGUGGUGGCAUGUACUCACGAAAUGGUGGAAAGAAUUGGAUAAAAUCAAUGAUCCUUACAGCUUCCCUUUUCCCAUUUAUGUGCUUUGGGAUUGGAUUCAUUUUGAACACUAUUGCUAUAUUCUAUGGGUCCCUAGCUGCUAUUCCAUUUGGCACGAUGGUUGUUGUUUUUGUCAUUUGGGCUUUCAUCUCUUUCCCUCUGGCAUUUCUUGGCACUGUUAUUGGUAGGAACUGGAGUGGUGCUCCCAAUAAUCCCUGUCGUGUAAAGACCAUUCCUCGUCCAAUCCCCGAGAAAAAAUGGUAUCUCACCCCAUCCGUGGUGUCUCUUAUGGGAGGAUUGCUGCCAUUUGGCAGCAUCUUCAUUGAGAUGUAUUUUGUUUUCACAUCAUUCUGGAAUUACAAGGUGUACUACGUCUAUGGUUUCAUGUUGCUUGUUUUUGUGAUUCUGAUAAUUGUCACAGUAUGUGUGACAAUAGUGGGGACCUAUUUCUUGCUGAAUGCCGAAAACUAUCAUUGGCAAUGGACUUCCUUCUUUUCUGCUGCUUCCACCGCUUUCUAUGUGUACUUGUACUCGAUAUAUUACUAUCAUGUGAAGACCAAGAUGUCAGGCUUUUUCCAGAUUAGCUUUUAUUUUGGAUACACAUUGAUGCUAUGUCUCGGUUUAGGAAUACUUUGUGGAGCAGUUGGAUAUCUGGGCUCCAACUUAUUUGUUAGGAGGAUCUACAGAAACAUCAAGUGCGAUUAAUCACAGAUUGACCCUGUUAGCAUCAGGCAAAGUAUCAUAUCACGGUUACAAAGGAAUGGGGUGAUUGAGAGGUAAAUCUUCUAAUCAAAUAUUGAAUUGAAGAGGGAACAGAGUUUUUGUCUUCUUUUUUUACUUUUUUUAUAAUUUGAACUGUAGCGACAACAGCAGUUGAUGUGGGAUUCUGUUUUUGGGUAGAUGUAUAUUUUUCGGUCAGCUGAACAAUGCUGUCAAUACAUGCCUUCUCCCUUCCAACAAUGUUGAAGUCAGGGAGAUUCUUUUUAGGCCUAUAAAAUAUGUAUUGUCAUACAGUGUUUUUGUUUUCUUUCUUUGCAAUUUUCUAAUUAAAUUAGACAGACUUAAUUGCCUCCA